CCGCCCGUGCGUUGGCACCGCCGGCAUGAGAAAGCGGAACGAGACCGUCACCUUGGAGCAUGAGCGCUUUGCCUCCUCCGCUCCGGCUCCAGCCGCUGCUUCGUCUUCCUCUUCCCCUUCGCUGAAUAAGGACUUCAGCUUGAGACCCAGCCCGCAUUUGUCAGGCAGCGCCCGGCCCUCCGGUGACUCUGCUAUGAAGCGGGCACUUAGCAGGAGACAUGGAAUGUGGGUUCGAUUACGGAAGGUAGUAACCUGGUUGUUGGGAAUAUAUAUAGCGAUUCCAUUUCUAGUUAAAAUUUGUCCAGCUAUUCAGGCAAAGCUUGUCUUCCUAAAUUUUGUAAGAGUGCCCUAUUUCAUUGAUUUGAAAAGACCCCAGGAUCAAGGCUUAAACCAUACCAGUAACUUCUAUCUGCAGCCAGAGGAAGAUGUGACUAUUGGAGUUUGGCACACAGUUCCCACAUUUUUAUGGAAAGAUGCUCAAGGGAAGGACCAACUAUGGUACGAGGAUAUUUUGGGUUCCAAUAACCCUGUAAUCCUUUAUUUGCACGGAAAUGCAGGGACUAGAGGAGGGGGUCAUCGUGUGGAACUUUACAAGGUUUUAAGUUUUCUUGGUUACCAUGUAGUCACAUUUGAUUAUAGAGGAUGGGGAGACUCUAUAGGCACUCCCUCAGAAAGUGGGAUGACCUAUGAUGCUCUUCAUGUAUUUGACUGGAUAAAAGCGAGAAGUGGAGACAAUCCAGUUUAUAUAUGGGGACACUCCUUGGGCACUGGAGUUGCAACCAAUCUAGUAAGACGUCUUUGUGAAAGAGAAACUCCCCCAGAUGCCCUGGUAUUAGAAUCACCUUUUACAAACAUACGUGAAGAAGCAAAAAGUCACCCCUUUUCAGUGAUAUAUAGAUUUUUCCCGGGAUUUGACUGGUUUUUCCUUGACCCUAUCACAUCGAGCGGAAUAAAGUUUGCCAAUGAUGAGAAUGUGAAGCACAUUUCAUGCUCUCUGCUUAUUCUUCAUGCUGAAGAUGAUCCUGUGGUUCCAUUUCAUCUUGGAAAAAAGCUAUACAACAUUGCUGCCCCAUCUCGGAACUUUCGUGAUUACAAAGUACAGUUUGUUCCAUUUCACAAAGAGCUAGGAUACAGGCAUAAAUACAUCUACAAGAGCCCAGAGUUACCUCGAAUAUUACGGGAAUUCCUGGGAAAAUCUGCACAUCAUCAUCAUCAACAUCACUGAAGACUGAAACAUGGUACACUUAAGAUCAUACCAUCUUUGAAAAAGAGAAAGAAAAAAUGUCUGCUAUUAUUGAAACCCAAACACUGGAUAUGCCACUGAUUCUGGCUUCAGUUCUAAAAGAUACUUUAAAAUCCCAAGUUCUGGGAUAGUAGAUAUGAAGAAUGAAUGUAAUUGGCUUCUGUGUCUUUUUUUUCCCCUAAAGAAUGAGGGAGCAAAAUGUUGGAACAAUUAAGUUCAAGCACAAUAAAGACUUUGUAUACCCCUUCCCCCCUCUCCCCCCCCACUUUCUCCCAGAAAUUAUAAACAUUCUCACAAUAUUGUGCAGGAUUGUUACAGCAACUCUUUACAAAACAAAAGAACUUGCACUCAACAUAGCUGGACUAUUGUUAUCUGCAAAAAUAUAAUUCUUACAACUUUUCAGUGCUAUCUCUAUUUUAUUUGAGCUGCAGGUUCUCUUCUAGAAUUUAGUUUGGCAAGGUAUAUUUUUCUCCUGUUGGUUGUGGAAGAUAAUGUGGAUUUUAAAUUAAUUUUAGAAACCAGAGACAAACAGAUAGAUAAGACAACAUUACAAGAAUGAAUUGAAGGAUGGCUCACUGUUUUUUUAAAAAAGGUGCCCGUUUAACAAUUAUAAUGUAAUAGUGGUCAAUUUUUCCUUUAUUGCUUUCCUUUCAACUCUCCCAGAUAAGAAAUAUACAAAAAUCUUUAUGAUACCUCUGUUUACAGACAUGUCUCUACUUUUCAAACAUUUUUUUGAUGUGUAUAUCCUUUAAAUAAAAUACAUCACAUUAAUUAAAAUUAUCCUUGGAAGUUGUUUGAAGUAGCUUUUCUGUUAACAGACGUUUUUAAGUUUAGACUUGUGGGAGAAUGUAUGUUUUCACUGUGGUAAAGAUGUCUUCCAGUCUCUUCUAAUCAUAGAGAGAAAUAAAAGCACUUUGGGAGUGAAAAAGAAAUGAUACCAUUUUAAAUAAUUGUGAUUAUUCAGACAUCCCAGCCUAGCCAUUUCCUCCAAAAUGCUCAGGUACACUAAAGGUGGUCAAAAGUUUCCUUUUUAAAUAUAAGGGAAAUAAAUUAACCCUUUGAUUUCUUUUGAUGUGCAUUUUCUUUGGGAAUCAUUCUGAAUUCUCAGCAGGGAAAUUAUUCAUAUGGAAUUCACCAUGGAAUGCUGAAAUAUCACCCAAGUCAACCAAAGGUAUUGAAAGUGACACAUUCUUAUGUUAACAAUAUUUCAUCUCUGAUUAUUAAAGUAAUUCCUUUCUACUGUAAAAACUGAAGGUUGGUUUUAGUUUGCUAUGUGUAUUAUUAAAACCUGUGAUGAAUGAAAUCUACUUUACUGGCUUUAAAUGUUCCCUUCAAUUAAUACAAGGUGUGAAUAGAGAAUUCUUUUCUUUUAUUACAAUAAAAUUAUACUUUCUAUACUGAAUUGAGCAGACAAUGUAAUAACUAGUUUUAACAAAUACAGAAUCUGACUUUCAUGUACAGCUUUUGAGAUUGACCAAUUCUUGUAUUUUAUGAAAACCUAGUCCCUUAUCCUAGUUUGGGCUUAAUCAACAGCAGUGCCAUGCAUUGCUUCCAUUUUGAUUAGAAAGAGGUGACCCGUUGAAGCCUCUAUGAGUUUUGCAAGGGAGGUCUCUGCUGUCACCAUAUGAUCCUGGAAGCAGACAUGUCUUCUUGACUGAGUUGAAGACUGGGGCUACAUUUGCAGUGCUAUGCAUUCCAUGCCACUUCUUCCAAAUAAAAUCUGAAGUAUUCAUGGCUUUAAUAAAUAAAGAUAUGUAUAAUCCUCCCA